CGCGGUUGGCUUCCGCUGGGUGCUGGAGGUUGGGGCGUGUCUCAAUUCCAUGCUUUGCAUCUUUGGCGCACCGGGCAUUCAUGCAGGGACGAUGGGACGAUGGACGCCAACGCCGACGCCGACGCCGACAGAGCCACGCAUUCGGGCAACGACGACUACUAUGACUUGGGGGCGUUUGACCGCAGGGUGACGACCAGCAGCCGAGACGGGCAGAAAUGGUUCAACCGCGGGCUCGUGUGGGCCUACGCCUUCAACCACGGCGAGUCGGUGCGCUGCUUCGAACGGGCCGCCGCCCUCGACCCCGCCUGCGUCAUGGCCAGCUGGGGAAUCGCCUUCUCGCUCGGCCCCAACUACAACAAGCCUUGGGGCGUCUUUGACGACGACGAGCUGGUCGCCAUUGUCGACAGGUCGCGCCGCGCCCUCGCCCGCGCCGCCGACAAUGCCUCGUCGGCCGCCCCCGUCGAGCAGGCCCUCGUUGCCGCCCUCCAGCACCGCUAUCCCCACGGCAAUGCAACCCCGGCCAAGGGCUAUGUCUGGAACCGCGAAUACGCAGCUGCCAUGGAGGCCGUCCACCGCACCUUCCCCGACGACCCCGAUGUCUCCGCUCUCUACGUCGAUGCCAUCAUGAACCUCACCCCGUGGCAGCUCUGGGACCUGCGCACAGGCGAGCCCGCCAAAGGCGCCCGCACCCUCGAGGCCAAAGCCGCGCUGGAGCGCGGCCUGUCCCGUGACCCUCUCCACCCCGGCCUGUUGCACCUGUACAUCCACCUCAUGGAGAUGUCUCGCCGCCCCGAGCUGGCCAUGGCUGCCGCCGACAACCUCAGGGGCCUCGUCCCCGACGCCGGCCACCUCAACCACAUGCCCACCCAUCUCGACAUCCUCUGCGGCGACUACCGGCGCGCCAUCGCCUCCAACCUCCGGGCCAUCGCUGCCGACGAGAGGUUUGUCGCCCGGGACGGGCCCAUGAACUUCUACAGCCUCUACCGCUGCCACGACUACCAUUUUUGCAUCUACGCUGCCAUGUUCGCCGGCCAGUUCGCCGUUGCCCUUGAGACGGCCUCCCGCCUCGAAGCCACUCUGCCCGAGACGUUGCUCCGCGUCGAGUCCCCGCCCAUGGCCGACUGGCUCGAGGGCUUCCUCGCAAUGCGCGUCCAUGUCUUGAUCCGCUUUGGCCGGUGGCAAGACAUUGCGGACCUUGAAGUUCCCGCAGAUCCAGACCUCUACUGCACAACCACGGCCAUGGCCCAUUACGCCAAGGGCGUUGCAUCGGCUGUCACGGGGCAGAUCGACGACGCCGACCGCCAAUGCGCCCUUUUCCACAAAGCGGUGGAGAGAGUCCCAUCGUCUCGGACCGUGUUCAAUAACACAUGCGUCGACAUCCUGGCCAUUGCGGCGGCCAUGCUCGAUGGUGAGCUCGAGUACCGCCGUGGAAACGUAGAGCUCGGCUUCGGCCACCUUCGCCGCGCCAUCGACCUCGACGAUUCCUUGCCCUAUGACGAGCCGUGGGGUUGGAUGCAACCGACCCGCCAUGCCUAUGGCGCUCUCUUACUAGAGCAGGGACGGGUUGAGGAGGCAGCAGCCGUAUAUUGCGCCGAUCUUGGUUUUGACGACGCUUUGCCCCGCGCACUGCAGCACCGGAAUAAUGUCUGGGCCCUUCACGGCUACCAUGAAUGUCUUACCAAACUUGGCCGCGAUGCCGAAGCUCGCAUUGUUGACACCCACCUCCAGCUGGCCGUUGCGGUGGCAGAUGUUCCCAUAAAGUCUUCCUGCUUUUGCCGGAGCAACUUGUAGCCACGGCGGCAAGCUUGCUAAACAAUGCAUCCAAGGCAAAUGCCCACACACCCAGGGAUAUAAGCAGGUAGAUUCCGCAAUUCGACCGCAUCUGCAAGUGAAGUCUGUGGAUACCACAAGUUUCAGACCAAACAGAACAGGCAUAUCGAACAAUUGGGUUAUCCUGCUUGGCUAUUCUCAUUCGGUUGGCAGCGGGACGCGCCGGCUUCAUUCAAAAGGGCUUGUGCUGGAACUUAGCUUUUGAACGAUGUGUAAUCAAUACCUCUCACCAGCUGUUUUGAACGGAACAGUUGAACCUACGCCUCCGCCAUCGCCAGAUCCAUCCCUCCCCGUGGCUUCAUACUU